AUGCACCGGAUGACAGCGGCGGAUGACCCCCAAACCUUCCUCGAAAUGUUUGAGGCGACGGCGGAGGCCUGUGGCUGGCCGGCGGCGGAGUGGGCCGUGCGCCUGCUUCCCCUGCUGUCAGGAGAGUCCCAGACUGCGGCGCUCGGCCUGCCAGCUUCUGCUCGGGGGGAGUUCCGGAACGUCAAAAGAGCCAUCCUUGACAGGAUGGGUUUUUCCCCCGAGGAUCACCGCCGCCGGUUCCGGUCCGCCACACUGGGAUCCUCUGACCGUCCAUUCGUCUUUGCGCAGCAGCUGAAGGACGCUGCCACCAGUUUGUGGAGGGGCUCCCGACCGGAACCGCGGAGUGGGUGCGGUGCCACCGACCGGCGGAUUUGGAGGCCGCCAUCACCCUCGCCGAGGAUCAUCUGGCUGUCCACGGGUCCAGCCGCUACGGGUGCCGCUCUCGGCCCACAGAGGGUUCCUCAGGCGUCAGGGCAGGAGUGUUGGCGGUGCGGGCAGCCCGGGCAUUUCCGCAGGGAGUGCCCUCUCAUGGAGGUCGGACAGGUGGUCCGGGUUGCUGGCCCACCAACACCCUCCCCCGGUCCAGGAGGGACAUACAGCGUCCCGACUGACGCUUCGAACAGAGGGCUGGGGGCCGUUCUGUCCCAGCAGGUGCAGGGUGUCGACCGCCCGGUGUUAUACAUCAGCCGGAAGCUGUCGGAGAGGGAGUCUCGGUAUAGCACGAUCGAGAAGGAGUGCUUGGCGAUCCGGUGGGCGGUCGAGGCUCUGCGUUAUUACCUGCUGGGGCGCUCGUUCACCCUCUGUUCGGACCAUGCCCCCCUCCAGUGGCUCCACCGCAUGAAAGAUGCCAACGCCCGGAUCACUCGGUGGUAUCUGGCCCUACAGCCAUUUAAAUUCAGGGUGGUCCAUAGACCGGGGGCGCAGAUGGCCGUGGCCGACUUUCUCUCCCGCUCCUAUGGGGAGGGGGGGAGUAGGUUAGGCCGGAUGACGCCCCGGCCUAAAUCGGGCGGUGGGGGUAUGUGGAGUGUGCUGGAUCCGGGGGAGACACACGCCGAAAGACAGGCCUCUGGGCGGAAGCUGCCGCAGCGGUACAGCUGCGUUUUGUGCCUCAAAUAA